GUUUUGUGUAAAGCGGAUACAGAAGAAAGCAGGUGUGUUAAAAUGAGAAAAAAACGUGAAAAACUAUAAACCUGAUUCAUUUUGAACUUCUGCUGCACCACUCCCUCGUCCUCUCUCCCCCAAAUUCCAAACCAGAAGGUAAUGAUAGCUGUGGCUCUCUCUCUUUGUGAAAAAUUGAGUUUUUGAAUCUCUGUGAUUUCCAUGGAACAAGCUUUCGGAGCCGAUUCUGAUUCUGUUCCUGUUCCUGCGGACAAGACUAAGAUUUUGAUUGUUAAGCCAUUAAGAUGUCUUGUCCCAAUUUUCCCAUCACCACAAGACCCUUCUGCACCACCCUCAUCUCAGUACGCAUCCGUCCCUCCAACGGGCCCCUUUCCACCUGGCGCUGCACCCUUCUUCCCCUUCUUUGCCUCAAACGUAUCUCAAAAGCAAGGCAGUGAACCACAACCACCUCAUCCUAGGCCUUACACUAUCCCAUCACCAGUUCCUUUAAAUUCCUUUAGAACACCAGGUUCAGAUGUUAAAAAUGGUGACAUAGGGACAUCAAAAAAGAGCAUCAGGAGUCGCAUGUAUGUAGAUGAGGAUGGAUAUAGUCAAAGUGAUGGUUAUGAUAACAGCUAUGGCAAGGAUAUGGAAACUGGCAGUGAAGUUGAUGACAAAAGAAGAGCAACCCGUAAAAAGGUCAAGAGUACAAUUGCUGUGUCUAAUUCUGACAUUGACAUUGACUCCUUUGUUACUCAUCUGUUGGAAUCUUUCAAUCUGUUGGAUGUUGAUAGCUUCCGUCAAUGCGACAGUGACAAGGAGUUGGCUGAUCGUGUGCUAAUGGCAUAUAAUCUACUCAGGAGAAAAAUUACACAACUUGAUGACACAAAAGAAGGCAUGACAGGGUCAGCAAAACGUCCAGACUUAAGGGCAGGUACUAUCUGUAUGAGCAAAGGGGCUCGUGCUAAUAUCAAGAAGAGGGUUGGACCUGUACCUGGUGUUGAAAUUGGUGACAUUUUCUUUUUUCGUUUUGAAAUGUGUUUGGUGGGAUUGCAUGCUCCAAGUAUGGCAGGGAUAGAUUACAUGAGUGUUAAAUUCUCUGGAUCUGAAGAGCCUGUAGCUGUGAGUAUAGUCUCUGCAGGAGGAUAUGAAGAUGAAGGGGAUGAUGGUGAUGUGUUGAUAUACAGUGGGCAAGGUGGGGUAUCCAGUAGAGGUAAACCACAAAGUGAUCAACUUCUAAUAAGGGGUAACCUUGCUCUUGAAAAAAGCUUACACAGGGGUAAUGAGGUACGAGUUAUUCGUGGUCUUAAAGAUUAUCAACAUACAACUGGGAAAGUAUAUGUCUAUGAUGGACUAUACAGAAUACACGAAUCUUGGAUUGAAAAAGGGAAAUCCGGUUGCAAUGUUUUUAAGUACAAAUUGGUUCGAAUUGCAGGACAACCUUCAGCAUUUACAUUAUGGAAAUCGAUUCAACAAUGGAAAGAUGUUGGAAAUGGUGGUGGUCUUACAAGGGCUGGUGUUAUUCUCCCUGACCUUACAUCUGGUGCUGAAAAAGUACCUGUUUCUCUUGUAAACGAUGUGGAUAAUGAAAAGGGUCCCGCUUAUUUCACGUAUUCACGCAGCCUCAAGUAUAGAAAUCCCUUCCCUUCAACCCAAUCUUUAAGCUGCAGCUGCGCGAAUGGAUGCCAACCUGGCUAUAACUGCCCUUGUAUCGAAAAGAAUGGAGGGUAUAUACCCUACACUCCUCUUGGUGUUCUUUUGAGUCACAACACAGUGAUUCAUGAGUGUGGGAGUUCUUGUAGAUGCCCUCCUAACUGCAGGAAUCGAAUUUCACAAGCGGGUUUGAAGCUCCGUUUGGAGGUGUUCAAAACAAGGGAUAGAGGUUGGGGGCUUAGGUCGUGGGACCCAAUUCGUUCAGGGGCUUUUAUAUGUGAAUAUGCAGGGGUAGUGAUUGAAGAAAAUGGAAUCGAUUAUGAUGAUAAUUAUAUUUUUGAUGCAACUCGUUCUUUUGAUGCUGUGGAAACUAGCCCUAGGGAUGAAGCUGCAAAGUUUCCAUAUCCUUUGGUUAUUAGUGCAAAAAAUGAGGGGAAUGUGGGAAGGUUUAUGAACCAUAGCUGCUCACCUAAUGUGUAUUGGCAACCUGUUAUUCGUGAAAAUCAAUAUGAAUCGUAUUUUCAUGUUGGGCUUUAUGCGAUAAAGCAUAUUCCUCCUAUGCAGGAGUUGACAUUUAACUAUGGAAUUGUACAGGCUGAUAAAGGUGGGCCCCAUAGGAAAAAUUGUUUGUGUGGGUCGGCGAGGUGCAAAGGGACUUUUUGCUAGUGGUCUACAUAAAGUUUGUAUGGAUUUUGCAUACCAAAUGGCGCCCUUCUGUAAAAGAAGAAGUUGUAGUUUGUAGGUUGGGAAAUGAUAUGAAAUGGAUUUUGCUUAGAUGGCGCCCAAAAUUCUUAUUAAGCAUUAGGAACAGAUGAUGAUGGCGCCCAAAAUAUUUAUGUUUGGCAAUGGCAAUGGCAAUGGCAAUGGCGAUGGCAAUGUAGUAAUUUAGUAGUAGUAUAUGAAUAUCAAGUUGUGUGUUGGGAUUGGGUAUGUGUAGCCUUCUUAUUAUUAAAUUAUUAGGUGACUUUUAGAUUGUCAAUCGUCUUGUUCUUAUUUUUGAUAAUGUUCCAUUAUGCAAUGUAGAUUGUGCUUCUCCAAA